UGGCAUCUUUGUCAGGUGGUUUAUGAUGUAACUGAUCAAGAUAGCUUCAAUAAUGUAAAGCAAUGGUUGAGUGAAAUAGAUCGAUAUGCAGGUGAUAAUGUGAACAAACUUCUUGUUCAAAACAAGCGCGAUCUCACAGCACAGAAGGUAGUUUCGACAGAGACAGCUCAGGCUUUUGCUGAUGAGAUUGGCAUCCCUUUCAUGGAAACUAGUGUGAAAAAUGUCACUAAUGUAGAACAGGCUUUCAUGGCUAUGGCUGCUUCAAUCAAGAACAGAAUGGCAAGCCAACCAGCAUCAAACAAUGCACGACCUCCAACUGUGCAGAUCCGCAAACAACUCGUCAACCAAAAGAGUGGUUGCGGGUCAUCUUGACAGGACGAAGCUCUGUUGCCUCGAUGAUUAUUCUAAUGCGUCAUGUAAAAUUAUUCUCUCUUAAUGGCUUGAUCGGAAGACUGUUCAUCGUUGCUGAAUGGGCAGUAUAUAUACGCAGAAGAUAUGGGAACUAACCAUUGUUAUCAUCCACAUACCUAAGUGAAGCUGAGCCCUUCCUUGAACAAUAUGCAAAGCAUAUCCCAAGAUGUACUGAUCUCAAAAAGUUUCUAGUGUUCUUAAUAUUGCUUCUCAUUUUACAGGCUGAGGUAACUCAAAGGCUCAGCAAUGCUAAAGCAGCGGUCGGAGUUGCUGCAUAGCCAAGUCAUGUAGACUUUGCAAAAAAAACUCCAGGAGGAGAUGGACAAAAAAUGGAAGACAUCAACAGCCAGAGAUUGCAGAUUCAACAACCACAGAAGUUGAAGAUUCCCUUUUUUCUUGUUUACCUGAAUCCAGUGCUUUGUUAGAUCAAGGCAACCAAUUUGCUUUUCCAACACCUCCAAUGUUUCAAUGGUCUCUUC